GGAGUGUCGUGUCGGGUCUAUAUACUUGCACACGUGCCUCUGUUUGUCAAUUCGUGUUGGAGCGCGGCGCUGAGCGCUGCUGCAAACGGUGCGACCGCUCGCCACUCACUUAUAUCUCGCCGUUUGUGUGACAUACUUCUGAUCCACCCCUACAUCGAAGAUCACACAAAAUGUUGGAGAACGAAAAGAAAGACGUUGAAAAUCAGACGACGGAAGAGGAUCCUUUGACGAAAGCUAUUGGAGCGCUCGGGAAGUGGCAAAUAUGGGUAUGCUUAGUCGUAUUCCUUGUCAAGUUCCCCGUGGCCUGGCAUCAGAUGAGCAUCAUAUUCCUCGCACCGCCAAUGAAUUAUAGCUGCGCCCCGAUUACACCAAAAGACGGUUUCGAUAAUGUCUGUGAAAGGGAUUGCAAAGGCUAUAUCUACGACCACAGUGUCUUCCAAGAAACAAUCAUAUCGCAGUGGGAACUGAUCUGUGACAGACAAUGGCUCAAAAACCUCACGCAGACUAUCUUCAUGCUUGGCAUCCUCGUCGGCAACAUGAUGUUCGGCCAUCUCUCAGACAGAUUUGGCCGGCGCAAUCCAUUCUUAGCAGCAGUUUUCCUGCAACUGAUAUCAGGAGUAACGACUGCUUAUUCUGUCAACUGGUACAUGUUCACAACCCUCCGCUUCUUCCUUGCCGUCGCCACUGGCGGCACCAUGGUCACCAGCUUCGUCUUAACCAUGGAACUGAUUGGAGCGAAAUACAGAGAUACUGUGGGAAUUAUAUACCAGAUACCGUUCAACUUGGGACAUUUGACGCUGCCUCUAUUCGCUUACUAUCUCCGGGAUUGGAGUACAUUCCAACUUGCGAUUUCACUGCCGUCCGUAUUGUUCCUGAGCUACUACUUCUUAUUGCCUGAAUCUCCGAGGUGGCUCCUGACUGCUGGCAGAACCGAAGAAGCCGUCAAGAUCAUGGAAGUCGCGGCAAAGAGGAAUGGUAGACCAACAGAAGGAAUAGCGUCAUCUACGCAGAAGAUGGCGGUGGACGUGGGAGCGAAGCAAGACGAGCACGCGUCGUUCCUCGCGCUGUUCCGCACGCCUCGCCUGCGCACGCGCACUAUAGCCAUCUGCUUCAACUGGUUCGUCUGCGGACUCUGCUUCUUCGGCGUUUCGCAGUACAUGAGCCAUAUAUCUGGAAAUAUCUUCACUAAUGUGGCUAUUUCUGCUUCCAUUCAGGUACCCGGCACUAUUAUGUCAGUCUACGCGAACAAACUGCUUGGAAGGAAGAUCACACUGAUCAGCGCAAACUGUGUGACUGGAAUCAGCUGCCUCCUCAUCAUUGUGGUGCCACAAUCCGGCGUCAGCCACUUGACCCUCGGCUGCACUGGACUUUGGGGCCUGAGCAUAUCCUUCGCCACCGUUUACUUAUACGCAGGCGAACUAUUCCCAACUGUUGUGAGAAAUUCAGGUGUUGGGCUCUCGUCAACAGUUGCUAGAAUAGGUUCCAUGUUAGCCCCGUUCGUGGCUACUCUCGCGCACACAAGCGCGUGGUUGCCACCACUAGCUUUCGGCAUUGUGCCUCUAAUAGGAGCUGCUCUCUGUUUCCUUCUCCCCGAAACCUGCGGGAAGAAACUACCUGACACAUUAGAAGAAGGCGAAGCGUAAAUUAUGCCACGGCUUUAACAAGUAUUCGUAUUUUUAGAUCUGUGUGAUGUUGUGCGCAAAUUGUAUCAGUAUGUGAGUGCGUGAGAACAAUACCCAUCUAACUUAAAGACUAUUAAUUGUAAGUGUUAUUGACAUUUUAUUGUAAAUUAAUUUAUAUUUGCAGAAAUGUAUUUAUGAAAUCUACCUAUAGGAUAAGUUAUAGAAUGUGUAAGCUACAAAAAGUCUAUUUUUAUAGGCUGUGAUAAAUAAAAAAAUGAGUGUAUUA